AUAACGGACCAAUCACAAUUGAAAUUUCGACAGUUAAAUCGGUGCAACUUCGAAAAUCAAUGUCAUUCGGUGUCUUGUCGCUAACCGUUAUUUUGUGUUUUAUCAUUACUUGUGCGCGAAUUUAGGCUAAAGCUAAAGGAAAACCAUCCGGAGGAUCUCAACAAAUUAAUCGGCUCCCGGCGACGAACGGCGCUGUAUCGAAACAUUCCUGUUAGUAAGCGGAUGUGUCGUUUUUUAUCCGACAUUUUGAUUCAGUUGAUGUCACAAAAAGGGGUAGAAUUUUUCUAAAAAAGUAAACCCUUGCGAGAAAAUCGUUUGUACGCCACAACAAAUUGAGGUUCCACUCUGCAAAGUUCAAUGCAUGUUUUAAAUCGACAUUCGUAAGAUUAUUGUAAAGAAAAAUGGACGAAGAAGAAUAUAAAAAACUCCCUGUAGAGGACCGUUGCGUUCAUAAAUUAUGGAAAGCACGUGUAAGCGGAUACGAGGAUGUAACUCGUCUUUUCCGUCAAAUAGAUGACGAAAAGUCACCCGAAUUCGGAAAAUAUCUAGGAUUAGUAAAAAAAUUUGUGGUGGAUAGCAAUGCGAUGGGUCAAGAAAAAGGUUUAGAAGCGACAUUAGCUUUUGUUGAGAAUUACGCCCAUGCUGGAAAAACAGUUGGAGAAGUAAUGUCGGGGAUCAUCACCAAAUGUAUGGCCGCCCCAAAAUCAAAAACUAGAGAUUUAGCAUUGCAAGUAACAUUAAUGUAUGUAGAAAUUGAAAAGCAAGAUGUUGUUCAAGAGGAAUUAUUAAAAGGGAUGGAUUUGAAAAACCCCAAAAUUGUUGCCGCCUGCGUAACAGCUUGCACCACCGCAUUAAAAGAGUUUGGAUCGAAAGUAUUUCCAGUAAAACCUUUGGCAAAGAAAAUUUCAACUCUUUUCGCAGAUCGUGAUAAAACAGUUCGAGAUGAAGCCCGUUUGUUAGUUAUUGAGAUGUACAAAUGGGUUGGACCAGCAAUAAAACCCCAAUUAACCAAUCUUCAACCAGUUCAAGUAACAGAAUUAGAAGCUGAAUUUGCAAAAAUUGAAGGACAAAAACCUGUUCCAAGUCGAUAUUUACGAUCACAACAAGAAAAAGCAGCUGCUCAAAUGGUUGAAGAAGCCGUCAUUGGGGAUUGUAAUGACGAAGAUAACGAGGAGGAAGUUAACACAAAUAUGGAUCCUUAUGAUUUAGCUGAUCCCCAAGAAAUUUUAUCAAAACUACCAAAAGAUUUCUACGAAAAAUUAGAGGCCAAAAAAUGGCAGGAAAGAAAAGAAGCCCUGGAGGCUUUAGAAAGACUUGUUCAAACCCCAAAAUUAGAAACUGGUGAUUAUGGAGAUUUAGUUCGUGCUUUAAAAAAGAUCAUUCAAAAAGAUAGUAACGUUGUUGUUGUAGCUUUAGCAGCUAAAUGUCUUACUGGGUUAGCAAAUGGUCUUAAAAAACGUUUUCAAACGUACUCAGGUGUUUGUAUACCUGCUUUAUUAGAAAAAUUCAAGGAGAAAAAGCAAAAUGUUGUUGUUGCUAUAAGAGACGCUGUCGAUGCAGUUUUCUUAUCAACUUCAAUAGAAGCAAUUUUAGAAGACGUUAUCGAAGCAUUAAACAAUAAAAAUCCCUCUGUAAAAUCAGAAACGGCUCUUUUUCUAUCAAGAUCAUUCGCAAAAACCCUCCCAGUUACGUUAAAUAAAAAACUUUUAAAAGCUUUAACCGGCGGCCUAAUCACCUUAGUUAAUCAGCCAGAUCCUACCGUUCGAGAUAGUGCUUGUGAAGCCUUAGGAACAUUAUUGAAAUUAGUAGGUGAAAAAGCUGUGGGUCCAUUCCUUGUUGAACUCGAAAAAGAUAAUUUAAAAAUGACAAAAAUCCGGGAAUGUUGUGAAAAGGCGGUGAUAUUGGUGAAAGUUCCAGUGGCGAAAAAAGAUAGGCAACCAACGAAUAAGGCUCCUGCUAAACCUCAAAGUACGGCUGUUAAGCGUCCAAAUACGGCUUCAUCGGCUAGUAGUAAUGCUAGUACAAAGAAAAAACCUGAAAUCUCAUCUGGAACAGCAACUAUUGUAAAAUCGAAAGGGAAUAAAACAACUAAGGCUGCUCCAGCGAAGAAACCACCGGUUGAAAGGGAAUUAAGCGACGAGGAGGUUGAUGGAAUAGUUAAUGACAUUCUACCUUCCGAAAUUAUUGUGGGAUUGACAGAUUCGAAUUGGAAAACUAGAUUAUCCGCUGCCGAACAAAUGUUAACGAAACUACAAGGGAUGGAUGCUAAUAUUGUUCCUACACAAGCUAUGGUUAAAUUAAUUGCGAAAAAACCUGGGUUAAAAGAUAUUAAUUUUCAAGUUUUAAAAGUCAGAUUGGAUGUUGUAAAAUAUUUGGCUGGAAAUUGUUCGUUUUCAAUUACAACAGCUUACGCAUGUUUAAAUGAUACAAUUGAAAAACUCGCCGACGCUAAAAAUGGUGCAGCAGCCGGGGAAGUUUUAACAGCAAUUUCGGAAGCAACAAGUCUAGGUUACGUUUCCGCCCAAGUUAUGGAAUUUGCUGUAACUCAAAAAAGUCCAAAAGUACUUCAAGAAGCCCUAAAUUGGUUAUCAAGUGCAAUUAAAGAAUUUGGAUUUGGAAAUCUUAACGCAAAAGUCCUCAUAGAAACUGGAAGAAAAGGUUUGGGUUCAUCAAACCCGGCUGUUCGCGCAAGCGCGAUAACAUUCAUGGGCGUUCUCUAUUUAUAUAUGGGAUCGGUCAUUUAUACAUUUUUCGAGAAUGAAAAGGCCGCAUUAAGAGAUCAAUUACACGUAGAAUUUGAAAAAUACGCCAACGAGAAACCUCCAUCCCCAAUAAGAGGCAUAACACGUAGUGAGAGUUCAGUGAGUGUUAAUAAGGAAGUCGAAGAUGAAGAUUCCAAUUCGGGAACAACAAACGUAGCCGAUUUAUUACCUCGAGUUGAUAUUAGCCCACUAAUUACCGAAACUUUAAUUAACGAACUGUCGGAUAAAAAUUGGAAAAUUCGUAAUGAAGCUUUAACAAAAAUCAAUUCGAUUAUAAAAGAAGCGAAAUUAAUCAAACCGAAUAUAGGGGAUUUACCUCAAGCUUUAGAACCGAGACUUUUGGAUACAAAUAGUAAAAUAGCUCAAGCGACAAUUAAUCUUUGUGAAACGAUUGCUCUUUCUAUGGGACCUGCUUGCAAAAAUUUAAUUCGAGUGCUAUUUCCGGGAUUAUUACAUGGUUUGGGUGAUUCUAAAUCGUACGUGAGAGAAGCAGCUUUAACUACAAUCAACGCUUUCGGAGAUCAAUGCGGUUACAAAGAAUUUUUCGAAUCGGAAAUGAUUGCAGACGCUCUUAAAACGGGUUCGCCGCUUUUAAAAAGUGAAUUAUGGGCUUGGAUUGCGGAAAAAUUACCCAACAUUCCGGUUAAACAAAUUCCUAAACCCGAGCUCAUCUGCUGCAUCCCUCACUUAUAUGCCAACUUGGAAGAUCGCAAUGCCGAUGUAAGAAAAAAUGCCCAAGAAGCUGUUUUAGGCGUGAUGAUUCAUCUUGGUUACGAAUCGAUGGUAAAACAGUGCGAGAAAAUAAAGCCCGCUUCUAAGACUGUUGUUAUGGGAGUGUUGGAAAAAGUUAAACCUAAUUUACCGGCGCGGGCUGAACCUGCAAAAAAAAUUGUUCCACCUAAAGAAGAUAAAGAAGUUAAAGUAAAAGGUGGAGCUGCAACGAAUAAAACCGGAGCGAAACCAAAGAGUGGUGCUAUGAACAAACAACCCUCAGUUUCGUCAAGGAAAAAGGAUGACGACGUAGACACAUCUCCAUUGCUCGUUGUAAACAACAUGAAGCACCAGAGAACGUUGGACGAAUCAAAACUAAAGGUGCUGAAGUGGAAUUUUACAACGCCACGAGAAGAAUUUUUUGAAUUACUCAAAGAUCAGAUGACCCAAGCGAAUGUUAAUAGAACGUUAAUCACGAAUAUGUUUCAUGCAGAUUUUCGUUUUCAUAUAAAAGCAAUAGAAGCGCUACAAGAAGACUUAAAAGAAAACAGCGCAGCUUUAAUUUCAAAUUUAGAUCUUGUUUUAAAAUGGUUAACAUUGCGAUUUUUUGAUACAAACCCUUCGGUGCUUUUAAAAAGUCUUGAGUAUCUCAACAACGUUUUUAAAAUGCUAUUCGAACACAAAUACCGCAUGUUAGAAAACGAAGCGUUAUCCUUCAUCCCUUACUUAGUUUUAAAAACGGGCGAUCCAAAAGAUUCGGUUCGGAGCGGAGUUCGAUUACUUUUAGAUCAAAUUUGUUACGUGUACCCGGUUAGUAAUUUAUUUUCGUGCGUUAUGGACGGAAUGAAAUCAAAAAACGCUCGGCAACGCGCUGAAUGUUUGGAAAUAAUGGGUUCGAUCAUAAACGGGUUUGGUAUCACAGUUUGUUUCCCAUCUACAGCCGCUUGUUUAAAAGAAGUUGCUAAACAAAUUUCCGAUCGUGAUAACGCCGUAAGAAGUGCCGCGUUAAAUUGUUUGGUUGAAGCGCAUUGCUUGAUAGGCGAAAAAGUUUAUAAAAUGGUCGGACAAAUUUCUGAGAAGGAUAUGUCGUUGCUUGAGGAAAGAAUAAAAAGAGCGGCAAAAAAACCGAAUCGCGAACGACCCAAAUCGAAAUUGGAACCCUUACAAUUGGGUAAAGUCGGUCCUAGUAAAGAAUUAAAUCAAAGCGAUAAAGAUAGUAGUACUGAAAUUGUUGCUGAAAAUGGAGAUUCCGAAAAAAUGGUUGAUGACGAAGAUGUGGAUGAUGUUGAAGAUGAUCUACCACAAGUUACAUUACCUUCACAAGUUCCUUUACGCGAAGGGCUCCCACCGCAAAUUGAUGGCCCUUUUAAACUCGAUCCAGAACUAAUGAGAAUGUUAGAUAGUUUCAAACCAACUCCUGUAAUCCCAGUAUUACAACAAAUCGACUGUGAAUUUCUAAAAGAAGAAAUUGUAAUUCCCCCAACUUUAGAAGAAUACAAAAAGCAAAGAGCGGCAGCUCCGAACGCUAUACCCGCGGUACUCCGCAACCACCCUCUAUUCAAAGAUUACAAAGCGCCUGUACAACAAAAUAUACCUAGAGAUUCAAAAAUUGAGAAAAUCAUCAAUGACAUUGAUCAUCACGAUAUUGUAGUCGCCGUUAGAGCCAUCCAAGACAUACAAGACAUUUUGAAUAAUGACAGAGGAAAUACUUUGCUACCUUAUGAAGAUCAGCUGAUGGAAGCUAUUGCAAAACAUUUGGGUAUUUUGAGUUGCAUUAAUCCUGAUGUUGAUAUUAUUCCAGAAGCUUAUAAAGUUGUUUUAUCAUUUAUAGACUCAUUUUACAAUCACAAACCAUUAGGAAAAAAUAUAAGUGCUGCUGUAUUAAGAGAUGUUCUCCAUCAGUUUAUUUUGUUACUAGCAGAACCAAGAUUUUCAAAAAUACCAACAGCUGAUAAUUAUAUUCGUGUGGUUAAUGUAAAUUGUGUUAAAGUUAUUGAAAUGUCGAAUAAAACAAAUGUUCUUUGUGCUCUUGUAUCUUUAUUACAACAAGGAGUAGCAACGGAACAGCAUAGAAUGGUUGAAUUGAUAAUGAAAUGUCUUUGGCGCGUGUUAAAGAUAAUGAGUGCUUGGGUUGAUGAAAUAGAUUAUGAUAAAGUACUUUUAGAAGUUCACGCUUUUAUGAAACAAUUUCCCAACAGUUGGUGGAAAUCGAGAGAAUCUGAUACUCCAAUGAGAACAAUAAAAACUCUUUUACACACAAUGACGAAAAUGAAAGGAGAUGUUUUAUUAUUAAGUGUUUAUGGAAUACCAAACAGAAACGAUUCCGAACUCGAAGCUUACGUUGUGAGAUAUUUAAAAAGUUUAAAAAUAGAAGAUUCGAUGAAAGUACCAUUAAAAUCGGAAGGUCGUCAGCCGCUAUCGAGAUCAACACACACUCUUUUAACCGAUAUUUUUCAAAAAAUUGGCAAUAAAGCAGAAACAAAACAAGGAUUGAACAUGUUGUACGAUUUCUUGCAACAACAUCCAGAAGCUAAUAUCGAGCCAUUUUUGAAAAAAUCUAGCUCUUUUUUCCAAGAGUAUAUCCAAAAAAAUUUAAAAGAAAUCGAAAUUGAACGAAAAGCCAUCCAAGAUGGCCAAAAUAGAGGUAAUCAAAAUGACGCUGGUUCACCCGAGUCAGAAAACACGAAUGAGGUCGUACAAUACUGGAAGCAUCGAUUAGAAAUGUGGAAAGAUUUAUGGCAACAAAUCUCUAAGAGUUAAGAGAAUUUACUUACUAAAUGGGGUUUUUCUGUUUAGCAAUAGCAUGUAAGUGAGAGUUGUUUUUACCUAUUGUUAGUGUUUUUUUUUGUAAUAAAGGAAGUAUCGAGAGAAUGUAAACGUUUUUGAUGAAUCGACUUUUUAAUAUUGCGAAUUGAUUAAUUUAGAUAAGACAUAUGUAAUGUGAUAUCCGAAAAGUAUAGAUAACAACUCAUGAAAAAUAAUAGUGUGAAAGUAGAUUCGGUUAUCAUUAACAAUUAAAUAAUAAUACAAAAAAAGUUUUAAUUAUUUCUUGCUUUAGUUAGUUAUCUUUUCACACUUAUUUAAUUUCACUGUAUUAUUAAGAUUUACGUGAAAUAUUUACAACUGUUCUCAUUUAUUCUUAAUUCUUAUUUAUUCUCUCAUUAUUCGCUCGUUUUUUUACAAUUGUUAAGAGAAUAUAUUUUGUACCGUUAUUGUAGACUUUUCCUUAACAAAAAAUAAAUUAAUUAACUGCA